GUCUACUACGUGCUGACGCUGCUGCGGGUGAAGGGGGAGGAGAUGGCGCCGAACGUGCGGAGGAGGAUGGCGAGCGGGCAGGGCGUCGUCGCCAAGGGGCACCACUUCGAGGCAAGUGUGCUGGAGGAGGCCCUGAAGAGGUGGGACAAGGAGAGGGACGCCGAGGCUGCGCCUUGCGCGCGGAAGACGGCCGCGGGGCAGAGAUCUCCAGCAGGGCCGGGCUCGGGCUUGGCGGGCUGCCCAUCUACUGCGCGCUCGGAGGCCGCGCCGGUGGGGCGUGCUGCUGGCGGGGCAUCGCACAGCCAGGGCGCGAGCACGAAGUGCAAGCGCAAGCUGCAGGAGGAGGACGAGAACGUCAACCCGCAGACGAUGCGCGAGCAGCACGUCCCCACCGAGACGCUGGCACGUCGCAGGCGCCUGCUUGGGAAGUCGCCGCACUCAGAGGACACCGGCGGCGACGCGCCGGCGCCCGCGGGCGCCGGCGCAGGCGCCAGCUCCCGCAGCGUGCGGGAGUUGAAGGCGCUGCUGUCGCAGGCGGGCGUUGACUGCGCCUGCUGCGUGGAGAAGGCAGACCUGCAGUCGCUCUGGGACCGCUUCGAGCUCUUUCGCGCCCGCCCCCUCGCGGAGCUCCGGGCCUCGUGCGCCGCGGCGGGCGGGCCGCGGCGGGGCUCCGUGGAGGAGUGCGCGAGGUUCCUGCGGCCGCGCCGCCGCAGGGGGCCGGGGGCGGCGUGGGAGCCCCGGCGCCCGCCGCCGCCGAGCGCGAGUGCAGCGCGUUAA